AUGACUGACAAGGAAAACAAGGAACACAUUUCUUUGGUGGUCACUGGCCAUGUGGAUGCUGGAAAGUCCACAACUGUGGGCCACUUGAUUUUCAAACAAGGAGGAAUCUCUGAAAGGGAGAUGGAAAAGUUGCAGCAAAAGGCUGCUGAACAAGGCAAGGCUUCCUUUGGCUUUGCUUACUACAUGGACACCAACAAGGAAGAGCGUGAACGCGGAGUCACUAUCCAAUCCAACACCAAGGACUUCUACACUGACAAGUACCACUACACCAUUGUUGAUGCCCCCGGCCACAAGGACUACAUCAAGAACAUGAUUACUGGCUCCUCAACUGCUGACGUUGGUCUUCUUCUUGUCCCUGCUGAGAAGGGAGGUUUUGAGGCAGCUAUUGCCAAGGCUGAUCCAAAGAUGGGAGUGGAGGAAGGCCAGACCCGCCAACAUGCUCGCCUCCUAUACCUCUUGGGUGUAGAGCAGAUCAUUGUGGGUGUGAACAAGAUGGAUUCUUGCAACUGGUCUGAGGAACGCUUUGAGGAGAUCAAGGCGGAAUUUGUCAAGAUGCUCCAGUUGAUUGGAUACAAACCGAAGAAGGUUCCAUUCAUCCCCUACUCUGGAUACAAUGAUGAUAACCUUGUGACUAAGACUGACAAAGCCCCAUGGUACAAAGGAUGGAAGGCCAACGGAGUUGGCCAAAUCAUUGCAGGUUCUGUUGAACAGGGUACUCUUCGUCCUGGUGAUGUCAUUGGAAUUGCCCCCGCUGGACUUACUGGAAAGAAAGUCUUCUCAAUUGAGCAACACAAGAAGAUCAUGGAAUCUGCUGGGCCAGGCAACUCUGUUGGAUUGUCCAUCAAGGGUAUUGGCAAAGAUGAGAAAGUAUCCCCAGGUGAUAUCAUCUAUCUUGAGAAGGAAGGAACACUCAACCCAGUCAAAUGCUUCACUGCUGUAGUUGCAGUGCAAGAACACCCAGGUGUACUCAAGCCUGGUUACACCCCUAUCGUGUUUUCGCGCACUGCCAAAGUUGCCUGCAAGAUGACCAAGAUUUUCUGGAAGCAGUCCAAAAAGACUGGAGGCCAAAAGGUUGAGAAUCCAACUGAGCUUCUGCAGUUUGAGUCUGCUGAGGUUGAGUUUGUGCCCCAGGCCCCAUUGUUCUUGGAACCUUUUGAGAAGGUUGCUGCAAUGGGACGCAUUGCUGUGAUGGACUCUAACCGCCUCAAGAUGCUGGGCAAAGUCACCUCCACUACAGAAGCCACCAGAUGA